GUACACAAGGAUACUACUAGCUUAAAUGCACGUCAUACCCACAUAUGAUCGAUCAGUUGAUCACCACACAGGAAUGCGCCUCCCUAUAAAUUGGCCACUUCGCAAGGCAGAACCAUCACAAGGGGCCAUCUGACAGUAACCAAUCAUGACUUCUUUCUCUCUUCAAUCCUUCCUCUUUGUCCUCCUGUGUUUACUUGCUUUUCAUCAGUGUUCCGAAGCCCGAUUUUUACAAACCAGUAAGGCGCUCUUCCGGUCCCUUUACACUUUCGGGGAUUCGUACGUCGAUCCAGGCAACAACGAUUUCAUAGACACUCCUUUCAGGAGUAAUUUCCCUCCUUAUGGGAGGGACUUCCCAGGCAAAGUCGCAACGGGAAGGUUUUCGAAUGGCCUACUGUUCCCGGACCUCCUUGCGUACUAUGUGGGUGUGGGAAAAUACACGCGGCCAUACUUGGACCCACUACUUGAUCUGAAAGAGUCCCCCACUGCCAUCAGUUUCGCCUCUGCCACCAGUGGAUACGACCCCGACACGGCCAACAAGACCAACGCCAUCCAGUUGAUCGAUCAGUUGGAAAACUUCAAACAGUACAAAGAAAGAAUCGCGAAAACAAUCGGCACGGAAAAGGCCAAAAGAAAAAUUGAGAAAGCAUUAUUUUACGUCAACGCGGGGUCCGAUGACUUCGCCUUCACGUACUUCCAGGACGGCAGAAAUCAGGAAAACAAAAGGACUCCCCAGCAAUACGAUCAGGUCCUGCUGUAUUUUAUUCGGCAAUUUUUACAGCGGUUAUUGGACCAAGGGGCUCGAAAAAUCGCAGUAAAUGGUCUACCACCCUUGGGUUGCAUUCCUGUUGGUAUCACUCUGCUUCCUGCAACUCCAAGAAACACACAGGUUGUCACUCGAAGCCAACGCCAGUGUCUUGAUUAUGUCAAUGUCAUAUCAUCGGACUUCAACUCUAUGCUCCAGGAAGAGUUGGAUGAUCUGCAGAGCGAGCACCCAGAAAUAAAGAUUACUUACAUAGACUUUGAAGAACCCCUACUGGAUGUUAUAGAAAACCCAGAUGAUUACGGUUAUACCGAGGUGAACAAAGGUUGCUGUGGAACUGGGGUUUCUGAAAUUGGCACACAAUGCAAUGGUACAACUUCGCUUUGUUCUGAUGCCGACAAGUACGUAUUCUGGGAUGCAGCACACCCAACGCAGAAGACAAAUGAAAUCAUUUUCAAAAGCAAUCUUGCAGCCAUUGAUGACCUCAUUGGGAGCUAGCUUCUGAUCAUCCUUGUAAUGCACCUGCUAAGAAUGUUAAGUACUAUGGAUAAUUUUAAUAAUUUCCAAUUCUGCAAUAGCAGUGGAAUGAUAUAAUAUGUCAUGUAUGAAAAUCAUGAAAUAUCAGGUUGAUUAAGCGUUAAGAAAA